UCACGCUCCCUCGUUCGCUCAAAUCCCUCCGCAACAAUGGACGCAUGCUUGCCUGACUUGGACCUCAUACAUUGUUUCAACAUGGACAGUCUCCCGGACAUUCUACCAGGGUUCUUCGUACCCCGGCUGCAGAACAGGCCCCAGGAUCCCAUCAUGGAUACGAUGCGCCUUGAAAGAGAGAUCCGCAAGAAACUUACUGCUAUACAUCCAGAUCAUCCUGAACGGCAACAUUUGCUCGAGCAUCCUCUUACAUCCACCGGCUUUCUCACCCAGCCGAAGGAGAAGCCUUGGGACCCAGAGCGAUUGACUACUCGCAGUAACAAAAAUAGCGGCAAGAACAAUUUAGUUUCAUGGGAUUCCGUUCGAAAUUUGCCUUACUCCCGCACAAAGCCGUCCCCACUCUGGUCAGAGCUAGAGGACCGGUCAUUGGCGUCAAUACGUUAUCACGUACGUCCGCCCCUGAGGGACCCAUAUUCACCAUCAAUAUACGUGACAUGCAGAGAAUUACUUCUAUCAUUGAGACUCGUGCUCACUGGGGUUUCUUCUCCGCUAUACGUAUGGGACAUUUAUUGGGAGAAGUUUCUUCCAAAAUACGCUUCAGACGAAUUGGAUGCCAGUGUGAUAAUUGCAGGAACGGACGAGGUCGUGAGCUCUAGUGUCGUCGGACGUUUUCUUAGAAUUGGAGCCGCUCUGCGUCGCUUGGAACUUCUGGUUGAUUCUCAGCUACCCUCACGAGGACGCCCUCAACAAGCCCAACACUCCUUUGUACAUGCAGUGUCAUGCGUAUUGGACUGCUUACGACAAAUGCUCGCGACAUCUCUCGCGUUCGGUGAAGAUGCCGGCCACCAAUUAGAGCAUGACGCUCUGGCAGCUCUGUGGAUGACCUACGAAGACACUGAGAAGCUGCUCAAUGCUUUGUGUUCUCUCUGCGGAAGGAGCGAACAUUCCAUUCCCGUUGCUUACACCCCGCUUCCAGUAACGAUCGCAGCGAUACUGUCGCAAAUUUACAACUCAGUUAAUAGUCAUCUGGAGAUGCGAUCUGCCAGAAUCAUUACAGCGGCGUUUUCAUAUAUCCUGACGGUGACCUCGCAAGACUACUUCCGACAAGUCUGCCAGUCUGUUGGAUAUAGAGCGAAUGACAGCGAGUUCUCCGGUGACAUGACAUGCCUGCCAUGUCCCAAUGAUGCGCAGAAAUCGGAUGGCCUUGACGAGGAAUUUCUGUACAAUGAAGAUGAUGAGACGUUGAAUCAGGAGAAGUUUAAUAUGCAAGCACAUCCGGUCUUCGUGCAUUCAUAUGCGGACGUCCUCCAAAGAGCGCAACAGUCGUUGAGACUGUUGCGUCAAGCACAGCCAGAUCAUCCGCUUCUCACUGAUCAACAACACAAUCAAGUCAUCUGUUGGAAAUGGACACACAAAGACGUCACUGCUGCAUGGAAUAAAGAUUUUGAUCCCUUCGAGGACGCGCAACAAGCUUCAGAGCAGCCAGACAGAAGUGGCGACGCGUUCCGGCAGGGGAAUGCCUACAAGACUGGGUUGGAGGGAUUUUCUAUUUUUGAUCUCCCACCUGGGUCGUGUCUUGCACGCGCCAGUGCGCCUGGCUGGAGAACUCACAACUCAGCUCUCUCAGAACUGCAAGCUUUCCUCGAGGACUACCCAUCCACUCUGCCGCCGAUCACGCCUACUCUCGGACAUCUGACCGAGCUCGUGUUGUCGCCACUCGUGAGACAUAUGAACCGACUAUCGGGAGCUCUGGUCGCUAUAUUUCUAACACCGGAUACAUAUCUGAACUUGCAACUUCAUCUAACUCUUCUCCGUUCUUAUCUUCUCUUGACGUCACAUUCAUUCAGAUCAAGGCUAGAGAAUGCGCUGUUCUCCGAUUCUGACGAGCCAGCAUCUUCACUCACUCGUCUGAGACGGUCUAUCGGCACGAUUAACCAGUCAUCUUCGCAAACGUCCGAUGAUACUCCCGCGGCUCAGUGGGCUGUUGGCCUCUCAUCGCAGCUGACAGAAGGCGACUCGUGGCCACCAAGGGGCGCUGAUCUGAGCUACCACCUGCGUACCGUGAUUGUUGACGCUCUACAGGAGAAUCUACAGGACGAACGUCGUCGAGUUCAACCUUCAACGACUUACGAGAGAUUGUUGCAAGAAGCUGAAUACCGCCUUGGGUUCGUUCUACGUGAUCUGUCGGCAGGAACGGGCAAAGAGCGAUGGCUCGAUCCUACAUCUAUAGAAGCGAUGGACUUCUUGUAUCUGGAUUAUCUCCCGCCAGAACCGCUCGAUAUCAUAAUAACACCGACUAUACUUUCCAAGUACUAUCGAAUACUGGCAUUCAACCUGCGGCUGAUGCGAGCCUCAAAUGUCAUGGCGGCCUUCUACCGUAUGACACGCAAGGCUUCGUGCCCGCUAUUUCCGACAUUGACACAGUCGAACAAACUACUCCUCCACUUCCGUUUCGUUGCGCACUCAUUCGUCACCUCCCUAACAUCGUACGUGUACGACUCGGCAAUUGGGGGUAACUUCGAUGCCUUCCUCCUACAGUUGGGGCCGCCAGAUGAGAAGCCAAGCACCAAGAGGCCUGCCGGCGGUUUCACCGACUUCGCGUCUCUGGCAGAUCGUCACUCCAAGGUGCUGGAUGAUAUUCUCAGUGCUUGUCUCUUACGCUCGGGCCAGAAGGCGGUUGGCGAGCUGCUUCGCGGGUGCCUUGCACUUGUGCUGGAACUGGGCAUUCUCGCUGGCCUUCGUCACAAGAAGCAGAUGCCAGAAUAUGAAGCUGCAACAAGGCUAGAGGACCUGUGGAAUGAAUUCAGGAAAAACAUGAUGACUUUGAUCAAGGUAUUGAGGGCAUUGAUCGAGAGGAACCUGGCAGUGCAUGGGUCUCUCGAUGGUCAUACGCCUCUGCUCACGAGUGUGGAGGGUGUGGCCGGUAACCUGCAUGAUCUGCUAAUUCGCCUGGACACAGCGCAAUGGUGGACGAGGAAGUACGAUCUUACAUCAAUACGAUGAAGAGCCGGCACCCUUCAUUCUUGCAGGAUUCUAUGUGAUGGAUAUAUUGUGUAGUCACAUUACAAAGGCAAAAAGGCAAAGAUGUACAUCAUCAACGAAACGUAACAAGCACUCAGUCCCA